CCCGCCCCUAUCGCCGUGGUGCAUGCUGGGCCCAGCGAGCUGCUCUGCGGCGUGAGUGCGGCCUAGUAGUGGAGUGUUCCGUUCUCUCGUGUACGUUCACGGACGGAGCUCGGGCGCCAAAGCCGCACCGGACAAGACGAGCUUUCGUUAACCUUCCAGGAAGAGAAGGAGCGGCACAUCCAGCCAGACGUCCUCUACCCAGCGGGGGUGGGAAGACAUGACUGCACUAGAAAUGGAAGAAGAUAUGCAAGACCUGAUAUCCCGCGAGAUCAGUAAAUUCAGAGAAACACACAAGAAACUGGAAGAGGAGAAAGGCAAAAAGGAACAGGAGAGACAGGAGAUUGAGAAAAAAAGGAGGGAAAGGCACAGGGAACGUGAGCGAGAAAGAGAGCAGCGAGACAGAUACCGGGAUCGUGAUAGAGCGAGAGACCGUGGGAGAUAUCAUCAUAGUAGGGAUCGGAGUCGAUCAAGGGAGAAAAUUAGAGACAGGUAUAGAGAGCGGGAACGAGAGAGAGAACGAGAAAAAGAAGCUUCAUACCAAGAGGUCAUAGCAGCAGUCGCAUACACGAACUGGGGACAGUCCCCCCAACCUCAUUCAGGCACUGGACGACUUUUAGAUGAGCAGAUGUCGCAGAAGCCCUUCCCGCAGGCCUGGCAGUGAUUGGUGUCAUUAUCUUUGAAAGGGAUUCUGCAUUUUGUACAUUCCUGUAAAUGUAAUAAAAAAUGUAAUAAAAAUGUAAACUAUACCUUAACUGGGUUUUCAGAAAAAGUUUGCAUAAUAGCUGUGCUUCUUUGUACAAUCAUAACUGUAAAGGAACUUUUUUGGGCUUUUCUAAUGUCUUUUUCAGCCUAAUUAUUCCUCUCUUCAGCGGCACAGCUAGAUACAUUUCUCUCAGAAGCUGGGGGUUGUCUCUCUUCUGUGGAAUCUGCCAGCACUGCAGUGCUGUGCCAUCCUUUUCCUUACUUCCCACUAUGUUUGUGGAAAGCUCACAGAACAGAAAUGCAGGGGCUCUUGUGAUCUUCAGAAGCAUUGUAGAAGCAGUUGUUUUAUCAGACCUAGGAUCUCGGCCAGCUCUGACACCCCUCCACUUGGAUGAAGGCAGAUGUUUUAAACAAACUGAUUUAGAAAUUUGCUAUUUUAUUAAAUGAAAUUGUGUGAAAGCAGAGUGACUCUUUAAAACGCCUUCCCAUAAAAUCUACUCAUUGGCAUUGACACAACUCUCGUGAUACAACACUAUUUAUUCCAGCAUAUUGCUUGCCAGACAACAGCCUGUUCCUAUAUUAACCUUAAACACCAGCAUCCCGUUACAUGCCAGGCCACGCUUCAAUGAGAUCUAUGCACUGAUACAGAUCAGCGGCAACAGAAU